UAGGCAAUCAAGGGAAAGGUCCUCUUGCUAGGUCCAAGCAAAAGGCUGGAGGAGGGAGGCCUCUUUAGGAUGGCACCUAUUGUCAAGACUGAGAACGCGAGAGAGAGAGGGAAAGGCUACCUCAGGACGCGCCUAGAGAUGCCUAGAAAACAGGUGGAACUCGAGAACUUUGGCAUUUCCAAGCUGGUGUACUUGUACAGAUGCGCUAGGGAGUUCAGUACUAGGACUACGCGGAAGACGCUGAAGCCGAUGUUAGCAACAGUGAUCAGGAAAAGAAGGGGGGUGAACAUCAGGCUGAAGCUGAAUGUAGGGGUGAAGUAUAACCACCGCCUGAGGAAGAAGAAGAUUCAUGAAGUGACAGUGCAGUACAUGGACAGAUGUACGAUCCACCCAGUGUUGAAGGCAGUAAUGCGACACCGGGUGAGAGUGGUAUGGAAGAAGAAUAGGACGGUUGAGCAGGUCCUCACUAAUCGUCGAGCGGUGGCUAGAGCACCCAGCAUGCCAUGCACGUGUCACCAGGAUGGGCUACCGAGGAACGAAGGGCAUGUGCUAGCCAGGAUAGCGCAGUGCAUGGAGGUCAACCCCUUUCUUCACAAUGGUAAGAACAUCCCGCAGAGCAUCUAUGACCCGGAACUCCCAGAGGUCCAGCAAACCGUCGAGCAGUAUCUUAAGGCUGUGAUGAAAGAGGACCUUAUCUCUACAGGUGAAAGGAGCUGGUUUGAAGAGUAUAUCUCUGAGGGGGGAAUGGCACGACCAGGGUGUACUGGCAUGCAGGCUUGUAGGCUGGCAGCGCAGCUCCGCCACUUGGUGGUGGUCCUGGUAGACCGCAUUCUCCACACGGAAUUCAGUCUUGCUGCGAUCAGUGCUGUUGCUGUUACUAUCGUGGUGGGUGUGAUUGUGGCUGAUCUUGCUCUUUUCGCAGAUGUGGUUGAGGUUGGGCCUAUUGCGACGUGGUUCAUGGUUGUGGUUAUCGGUGUGGUUGAUGCUGUUGUUGCUCUUACUGUUCUGGUUGCUGUUGCUCUUGUUGCAGCCGUGGUUGUGGUUGUGGUUGUUGUGAUUGCUGUCUGUGGGAUGGUUGACGUUGGGGCUGUUGCGACGCGGUCCACGGUUGUGGUUAUGGGUGUGGUUGAUGCUGUUACUGCUGUCACUCCUGCUGCUGUUGCCUUUGUUCUUAUUUUCACUUCUGUUGUUUCUGCUGUCUUGGGUGCUGUUGUUGCUGUUGUUCUAGCCGAUAACCGUUCCUUGAAGAACCAAAAUGAAAUGGAUGCGAUCGUCUCUGUCAGAAGAGAGGUGGCUCUCUUCUUCAUCAGAUUAGAAUUGAUGCAUGUUCUCAUGUCAUGGGGCACUGUGUUUGUGAUUGCUGUGGCAGGGCAAGUGAGUGGGUUGUCCGUCAUGCCAUCCAUAGAUAUGGAAAUAGAUGGUGCUGGUCAGCAGCAUGUGCGCAAGACUGCGAGGUACGAACCCAGAGAUGAGAGGUUCAUCGUAAGGGAGCGACAGUUUCGGCAGCAGUACAGUAAUGUCUACUAUAUGCGAUUACAACUCCUCCGGCCUGUGCUGAAGGAGAGGGUCCAAUCAACUUGGCCUGGCAUGCGAAUCUCCAACGUCCUCAACUUGGAAGAGGGUGUGGAGUGUGCAGUCAUUGGGACCAUCUACAAGCACAUGCAACUGAAGCCGUCGAUCCUUGAUGAAUACGCGAAAGAGCGAUCGAAUGUGCCGCUUGUCACUGCAUCGAAAUUUGUUAGGGAUGAUGACCACCUGAUUCUUGAAGAUGAGAGUGGGAGAGUGAAGCUUGUUGGCGAUGGUGUUGAUGUUGGAGGAUACGUCACUGGUGUGGUUGUGGGGGUACUUGGCCGGGAGACUGGGAGCGGGGAGUUCCACGUGUCGGCGUUGGUCGAAGCAGGACUUGCUCCUCAGCAGCCCUUGAACAGGACUCCUGCAGAAGAGGGAGGCGGACCGGUUUCGCCAAAGUACGUCGCGCUUGUCUCGGGACUAAAUGCAGGCAGCGAUGGAGGCAAUCCAUUGCUCAUUCAGCUGCUCGUCGACCACUUGUCAGGCUAUCUUGGUGGUGACGAGGACCAAGGCCAGAGUGCUGAGGUUGUCCGGUUGGUUAUCGCGGGCGAUUCCGUGCGGUUGCCGACCGAGUUGCUGGGUGGGAAGCCGGUCGUUGGUCGCGACCAAUCGAGGUUAACUUCUCCGAUAAAGGAGCUAGAUCUGGCACUAACAGAGCUGGCGGCAUCCAUGCCUGUUGACAUCAUGCCGGGGGCUAAGGACCCCGCCAACUUCUCACUGCCGCAACAACCACUUCACUCCUGUCUGUUCCCUGGUGCUCGGCAGUACUCCACAUUUUUCAGUUCGCCAAAUCCGCAUCAUUUUGAGGUCGACGGAGUCGUCUUUCUUGGGACGUCAGGACAAAAUGUGCAGGACCUGUACAAGUUUUCAGUGGCAGAGGACCGACUCGCGCUUGCGGAGAAAACCCUGAGAUGGCGACACUUGGCCCCCACGUGCCCCGAUACCUUGGGUUGUUACCCGUUCACGACAUCCGAACCAUUUGUGAUUGACAGCUGUCCACAUGUGUAUUUCAUUGGGAAUCAACCAGCAUUUAGCUCGCGGCUUAUCAAGGAGCCGGAGGGGCAGCAAAAAGACAAGAUACCCGCCUUUGGAUUCCACCAGGCAAAAGCGGAGCUAGUGGAAGUGCUCAGGGCAAACAUCCUGAAAGCCAGUCGUAAAUUGACUGAGGAUAUGGCCAGCAUGCCUGACAGGGAGCGCUGUAUGAAUGAUUUGUUUAGGCCAUGGUUAGACAGAUUUGUCGUAGUUUAUCUAGAUGACAUUCUUGUGUUUAGUAGGACCCUCGAAGAGCACCAGGGUUAUCUCAGGCAGGUCUUGGAGAAGCUGAGGGAAGCUAACUUCAAGAUCAAUGCAAAGAAGUGCGAUUGGGCGAAGACCCAAGUUUUGUAUUUAGGCCACGUCUUAGACGGAGAUGGCGUUAAGCCAGAGGAUAGCAAGAUCGCAACGAUUAGAGAUUGGCCCACGCCACGUACGCUGACAGAGUUGCACUCGUUCCUGGGCUUAGCUAAUUACUACAGGAAGUUCGUGAGGAACUUCUCCACCAUCGCUGCGCCCCUUCGCAGAUUGUUGAGGAAGGAGACCAUCUGGAAGUGGGAUAAGGACUGCACGUCUGCCAUGAAGAAGUUAAAGCAGGCAUUAAUAAAGUAUCCAGUCCUUAAAGUCGCCGAUCCGUCCUUGCCUUUUGUCGUUACUACGGAUGCUAGCCAGUACGGCAUAGGCGCAGUGUUACAGCAAGACGAUGGCAAUGGCUAUAGACCCGUAGAGUUCAUGUCCACCAGGAUGCCUUCAGAGAAGGUCGCGACAUCUACCUACGAGAGGGAACUCUACGCUUUCAGUCAAGCGUUAGACCACUGGAAGCACUACUUGCUUGGGAGGCACUUCAAAGUCUAUUCUGACCAUGAAACAUUACGAUGGUUAAAGACGCAGGCCAAGAUGACACCUAAGCUUACUAGGUGGGCCGCRGAGAUAGAUCAGUACGACUUUGAGCUCAAGCCUUUGGUGGUCCCGAGGGAAUCCUGGUGGAAGCUCAACCAGGAUAAGCUGGACAAGGUAUAUGAGUUCAUGGCUUCCGAGCUGGAAGCUAGACAGGAGGCGAUUCGCGAGAAGGAAAGACAGCUAAAAAAGGAAGAAGAAAAACGGAAGGCCAAAGAAGCUGAGGAAAAAGCACUUCGGAAGCUCAAGGAGAGACAGGACUUUGAGGAAAGGAUUGGAUCCAUUGUGGGAACGAAGAUUAAUGACGCUUGCGAGCUCUUUCUGGGGAAAUCUGAUGCUAUGAGAGCCAGUAAUGUUCCUGAAGUUCUCCGAACGCAUGACGACAUCGAUCGCGAGCGACUGGAAAGGCAGAUAGAGAUCCUGAGGCGGGAGUAUGAGGCAGUAAAGAAGAAUAUGGAGGAGCUCACCAGAUCGAUAAGACUCUCCGGCAAUGCAAUGAAGAGAACAGGUGUGGGAGUCUGCGUUACCAGUCCCCCGGAGGCACCUGCUAGGGGAAGAGCCAAGAUUAUCGGCGUCGACACUCCCACAUCUGACGAUUUCCAAAAGCUCAUCAAAGCGUACAAUUCCGUGAAGGAGGGCAAGCGCCUUGCAGAUAUGGAAGUACAAGCCUUAAAGGAUAAAUUUGAACGUGUUGUUUCCAGGUUGGUGAGGCAAGGUCGGACUCCCCGCUCUAAUCUCGCUAAGAGGAUGAACGAGGCAACUGAUGAUGAAGAACUCGACGUACAUGGGCAUCAGGAAGAAGGGCUUGAUGAUCUCUCUCUGCGACCUUCACCUCCAAGGCGAACCUCUGGUCGUCUUGCUUCCAAGGCUGCUGCCACCGAAAAAGCAGAUUUCAUCAAGGAGACUAAGAAGUACCUUAAACGAUUGAAGAAACAAGGGUUGCAGACUCUAUGCAGCAAGGAGGGCGUCACUUUCGUCACAUGCGAACAGGCUGUAAAUGAGCUUGCCGAACUGCGUACCUCCCUCGCGUUUGAUCUUCGGCCCCAGCAGAAGACGGACCAGCGUGCUCCAGACUCUGAAGUCGAAGAAGCCAAGGAAGAUGAUCAUGAAGCGGUUGAUGUUCAAGCUACGCAGCGUGUUGACAUCGAAGACGAUGAACCUAUCGGACACGAAUAGGGCCUUUGCCCGAGUGGUAGUACGUUGUGGAAUCUCCUUAACUCUUGCUUUCUCCUCCGUAGUUCUAAGUCUGGCCUUCUCGAUUCUCAGCUCAACUACCUGGUUCGGCUCAUAGCCAUCGCUCUUAUCCUCUUUAAGCAAAUCCCUUGGUGUCUCAAAUUCUCGGAUCAUCUGGUGCAUCUCCUAGAUACGAACUAUGAUUUUCUCACUGCACCUGGUCCUUCUGUUUACAGUCUAGUCUCUCCCUACGUGAAACAUUCCUAUGUUGGUAGCACCACUAGGUCGCUUGAUCUCAGAUGGGCUGAGCACGUCCACCGAUCUAGGUCUAUGGAUCUAUCACCCGUUGUUACAAGGAAUCAUAGACUCUAUAGGUGGUUGCGGAGGGUUGGGGUGCAUAACUAUGUUGCCAUCCCUCUUGCUGUCCUUCGACCUGAGGACCUGUUAACUGCUGAAGCCAGAAUCAUUCGUUGGGCCUCCCCCUACCUCAACAGCAGAUUGGUAUCACCCAGUAGAAAAAAAACUAAGCGUCGUAGACCAGGUAAAAGGGAGAGAAUGAAAGCUGCUAUGAAGC